AUGGAGAAACCCAGCAAUGGAUUUGUGCGAGCAGAUCAGAUAGAUUUGAAAAGCCUCGACGAGCAGCUCGAGCGCCACCUGAGCAGGGUUUUGACUCUCGAGAAGGAGAAGAAGAAGAAUCAGGACGAGCUCCUCCCCAGCCCCACCGCCGCCGUUGCGGCCAUCUCCUCCUCCGCCGCCGCCAUCGAACCCACCGCCGGCGGCGCCAGGAGGCAGAGGCAGGAGUGGGAAAUUGACCCGUCGAAGCUGAUCAUAAAGGGUGUUCUGGCACGUGGCACGUUUGGGACUGUCCACCGUGGCGUCUACGACGGCCAGGAUGUCGCCGUUAAACUGCUCGACUGGGGAGAAGAGGGCCACAGGACAGAAGGCGAAAUAGCUUCCCUAAGAGCAGCAUUUACUCAAGAAGUUGCAGUUUGGCAUAAACUCGAUCAUCCUAAUGUAACUAAGUUCAUAGGUGCUACCAUGGGCUCCUCGGGACUUAACAUUCAAACAGAGAACGGCCAAAUCGGCAUGCCGAGUAACAUCUGCUGUGUUGUUGUGGAGUAUCUUCCGGGAGGUGCACUCAAAUCUUACCUCAUUAAGAACAGGCGAAAGAAGCUUGCUUUUAAAGUAGUCGUGCAGAUGGCACUCGAUCUUGCUAGAGGGUUGAGUUACCUUCAUUCCCAGAAGAUAGUCCAUAGAGAUGUCAAAACAGAGAAUAUGUUGUUAGACAAAACACGAACGGUUAAAAUAGCUGAUUUUGGGGUUGCUCGUGUGGAGGCUUCGAAUCCAAAUGACAUGACAGGGGAGACUGGAACACUCGGUUACAUGGCUCCGGAGGUUCUAAACGGAAACCCGUACAACCGAAAGUGUGACGUGUACAGCUUUGGCAUUUGCUUGUGGGAAAUAUAUUGUUGCGACAUGCCGUAUCCUGACCUUAGUUUCUCCGAGGUGACAUCAGCAGUCGUUCGCCAGAACUUGAGGCCCGAAAUACCUAGAUGUUGCCCGAGCUCAUUGGCCAACGUUAUGAAAAGAUGUUGGGAUGCAAAUCCGGACAGGAGGCCGGAAAUGGACGAGGUUGUCUCGAUGUUGGAAGUCAUCGACACGUCCAGAGGCGGUGGAAUGAUCCCGGUCGAUCAACAGCAGGGUUGUCUUUGUUUCCGUAAGACACGUGGCCCGUGA